AGCGAGGUUGCCAGCCAAUUACUAAGAGGACGAAUAAGAAAAAGAAGACGAAGAAGAACUUAAACCGGGAGAAUCCGAUUUGAACGACGCAGCAGAAAACUUAACUUGAAGUAAGGACGUUGAACUGUUUUAUUUUUGCUUUAUACCCGACCAAAACUUUUAAGGUCCAUUUGAUCCAUUCCACAGUCGGGUACUGUUUUUUUUCAUGACGACAAAAAUGAGUGAAAUGGAGAGUAUCAACCACCACAUUAACGGCAGGAUUUCGUCCAUCCAACGCGUGUUGGAUCUGUCAGUUGCAGAGGUGCCUCAAACUAAAAUGAAAAAACUUGGACAAGAACUUUUUGCGCUGGAGAGUCUUCUGGAAGAAUUUGAGAAACAUGUUGGCCGUCAGAAAGACGAACUAAAUUCCUUGAAGGAACUUGAAGAGUUAUUCCAAAAUGACUUGGAGGGUCUCCAGCACCUUAAGGACAACAUACCUGCACAUAUCGUCAAGAACAAAUGUCCUGAAAUAGAAAAAGAGCCUUCCACCAACCAGGGCCAGGCAGCAGAUUUGGAACUUAUCAAGCACGAAGUUGUCAAAAACAACACCAAGUGUUACGUCAAAGAGAUGGACUUCAUCACUGUGGAUGAGUUUGAACGCAUACCCCAGUACAUGAAAGGACGGGUGUCAUACGAGCAAAUCAAUGCAGCAGUGCAGAACAUUAAUACAGCUGUUGAGGCCAAGUAUACAAUCGUCCACCAACCUGUGAAAACUCUAAAAAACAACGCACGCAAGCUGCGCCAGCGCUUCAAGAAUCAGGAGACUAAAGAAACCAAAGGUCAGUACUUUGUGGUGGAAGAGGAUUUACGUGAAUUCACACAGAUGAAGUUUGACAAGCGACUUCAGAGCAUUUUUAGCAUGUUGCGACACUGCCAGCGCAUACGGGAGCUGCGAGGAGGAGGCACCACUCGUUACAUGCUGGUAUGAACAACUCAAGCCCUGACACAGGUCUCUGCUUUAAAAUACUGUCACAUUUUUUACCCCAUUCUGGACUGAUCACCAAUCAACCACAGGGCUGACACAGACCAAAAACAAUUUAACCCACAAAAAUAUUAAACCUUACAUACUGUCAAGUUUUUUUUCUGGAUAUACCAACUUUACAGAGAACAAAAUAAAUAAUUUACCAAAGCUAUUUUAUUGUAAACUCUUGAAGGUGUGUGCUACACUGAACUAAAUGUUUACUGAAGGUGAAAUUAGGAUAACAUUUUAGAGACGUGGAAAAUUGUUAGCCUGACUUUUUGUGCUGCUGGAAUUUUUGAAUUUUCAGCAAAUGUUUUGGUACGUUGAAAAUGGAUAGUCUGAAUAGUUUAAAUCUGUUCAGCAAUAUGAGUUGCAAUAAUUAUUGGUUUUGAGAAGGAAUUUGUGUUAUGGGAAAUGGACAACAAUGAGACGUCGAAUACUGAAUGUUUUCAAUUGAUUUUUGUAAAUAUGUCUCACAAUUUUAUUCUUAAUUAAAGCUAAAUGGCAUACACUUAUGUUGAUAAAAAUGUGGAAAACCUUUUUAAAGUAGAACAAAAAAUGUAUACUGUUGUGUUUUUCUAAUUCUACAUGCAUUUAAUAAAUCUAAUAGGAAGGAUGGAUAGCAAGCAUAUAAAGCAUUUCAAAUUCCUUUGAUUUACCUGAAAGUAAUUUUAGGUGGGCUUGCAAGUAAACAAAAUAAAUUCAGUGUUGCGGGGCCCUUUUUUCUUUAUUUGAAGGGUUAGAAAAAUAUGCAUUUUUAAAAUAUCCGUGUGUAUGUGCACAUGACCACAAUAUCCAGUGAACCUCCUAAUGGAACAAGACAUUAUUUAUGUUGCUCUGCUAUUUCCUUAUGAAGACAUGCAAAUAAACAUAUUUUUGUGGCCCA